AUGACGAUUCCCCUGAUCAGUAUAAAAGAUGCACAGCGGAUCUGGGAGGAGAUCGCAAGAGCAACCAAAAGCGUUGCAGCGGAGACCAUUAGGAGAACGCCCGAAGUUAGCGACUCAUAUACAGACAAAGAAAAGAAUUGGGUAGCCUUAGAUGAAACGGAAAGAGACGGAUAUCCGAUCGAAAUAUUAGACAAGUAUUACAAUGGAGAUAUACCAACAGAAGUACCAGAAGCCUUCAUGUCUGAUAAAGAAAAUGAUCACAUUAGUGAGAUCCUGAGAAUACGCUUGGAAGACAACAAACUUACCUACGACGAUGCAUUAGCCCCGAAGAAUGCCAGUGCCGGAAUUUUGAACACGACACUAACCCUCGAUGAUGGAGGAGAGGCCCCGAACGAACUAGAGAAAGAUGAGUGGCUUGAUAGAACUAGGUCAUCAAAGGAUGAAGAAAGAGAAGAUGAGAUCGGGAAAAUACCAAAGAGUGAAGACAUGACUGGAGAAGAUGGUAAUCCGAAGAAAUUUUACCACCUGCAGAAUGCUAUGAUCAAGCGAUAUAACUUGCCGGACAAUUGGAAGGAUUCUGGAUGA